CCUCCUUCUUCCUCUGCUGCUGCUGCUGCUGCUGCUGCUGCUGCCCAUUCCUCCUGGCGCAGGAGGCUGCCCGGGAUCGCUCUCUGCCUUCUCCUUGCCCUCCCCAAAGGACCCGCAUGGACUCCUGAGCUGCUGGGGCUGCUGGCCAUGAGCUUCCCGAGGCCCCUCCGGCGAGCGGUCAGCCUCAACCCGGCCAGGACCCUGAGGCUGGUGGUGCUGGGGCAAGGCGCCGUGGGCAAGACAGCUCUGACAGUGAGAUUCAUCACCAAGCGAUUCAUUGGCGAUUAUGACCCUACUCUAGAGAUGAUUUACAGGCACACAGCUGUUACUGAUGGCGAGAUGGUACAUUUUGAAAUUCUUGACCAGCUGGACAGUACGGAAGAUUCUCUACAAAUUGAAGAGAAGAUUAAGUGGGGAGAUGGCUUUGCUGUGGUUUACUCUGUCACUGACCGCUGCAGCUUUGAUGAAGUCAUGAGGCUCUGUUUCCUUAUCAAUCACAUCCAUUCCAGCCCAAAACGGAGCAGUGGAAGUGGAGACCCACCAGUUGUGAUUGUUGGGAAUAAGAAGGACUUGCAGUUUGACCGAAUGGUGUCCUCUGAGGAUGGAGAGAACCUCUCCAAGGCCCUGAAGCAUCCAUUCUAUGAGAUCUCUACCAGGGACAGCUAUGAGGAGACUGUGACAGUUUUCAAUACCUUGUACAAUGAGCUAAUGAAGCAAGGGCACUUUUCCCCAGGGUCUUUCAAGAGGCGAGCCGUGUCUAAACUCAUGGAAAAGAUCCCAAAGAUUCAUGCCAAUUCAACCCUGGCCUCAGGUGGCAGGAGCCUGAGCUUCAACUCCUUCCGGGACUACAUCCCAGAGUGAACUUCUACUUAGGCUUUUGUGCAGUGAUGAGUCAUGCACUCAGGAACUGGAUGGCAUUAGUAAGGCAGAGGUUGCAGAGCUGAGAACAUGGCAAGUCUAGAAGCCUGUACAUUGUUAGGAAACAUGUUUGGAGUGUUUUUCCUAACCACCUUAAAAGCCAGAAACUGAUGAUAGUCUGUGGCACAGCAGUGAAUGAGAGCAGCCAAAGGGCCAUCUGGGCUAGCAUUUUGCUUGCCACUGUGUUUAGUCAGAUGCUUUUGGCCAAACAAAGCAGAACAUGGAGGAAAUAGCGUUCGCCACACCCUAGCAAGCUGUGUUUAGUGGCACACUGAAUACCAGGUUCUCUAAUAGACACUGAUAGGUUCCUUUCCCCACUCCCCCAUGCAUGUAUCUUCUUUUAGGCAUUACCUGUUAGCCAAUUGAUCUAACAUGUUAGACAUCAUCACAUCCUGAGGGGGUGCAUUCCACAUGUAAGGCUGGCAUGCCACAUUUUGGCCAGACUUGGAGUGGAUCUUUUAAAUCCUGGGUGGAGGAUAGCCAUGAAAACUCAUUUUCAUUGGGGAGCUAGGUCUUCCAUUUGGCCUAAGAAAGACAGGGAAAGGAGUUGUCCUUGUAGUCAGAGUUUGGAUGCUAAGCUCAACAAUAGCUCAGCUCUGUUAAAUGUCAUUGCCUCUUAUAAGGAAAGGGCUUUCUGCAAGUAGAAAUUUAAGUAGUUGAUUAAGACUCAUUCUUCGCAAUCCUGAUAGUUAGUAUGUUGCUGGUUCUUCCUUUUCACUAACAUUCACAAUGUGAGGCACCUGAUCCUUUCCAUACUGACUCAAGGCUUACUGGCAUCAUCACAUUGUCCAAGACGUUUUGCUACCUGAGGCAGUGGAUAACACUGCACCUUUUUAAUUUCACCAACAGAAGCUGAAUAGCCUGGAAAUUGAUUCUUGCUUUAGUAGUGGUGAUGGAAAAGCAUCCCCCAAUGGGGAUGAAUAGUCAGGUUGGUGUUGCCAUUUCCAACGAGCAUCUGCUCUCACUGCCUAAUGAAGGGACCGGUCCUGGAUGUUACUCAUCUAGUUGUACUACAACACACUGAAAAUAUUUGCAUAGUGGUAUUUUGUCUUCCUCAGUGGAAGGUUUGGAUAAAAGGGAGUGCUCUUUACACUCUUAACACAGGGAUGCAAGACUUUAUGGCAGGAAGGAAGUAAUUAAAUGUAGAGAAUCAGAGUAUUCUCAGGAUCACAAGGCAUUAGGGACCAAAAGGUCACCCAGCCUAUUACUUGCCAUAAUGCAGCUUCAUCUGCAUCUAUACCAAGGCUAUCUUGAAUAAGCAAGAUUCAGACCAUUGGCAUUUUCUUGACAUGUGGAUACCACAAGGAAGAAAUACAUAUAACAGUUGCCUCAGUUUUUGGCAGAUUCAUCCUUAUUCCUUUUCUUUUAAUUAGCAGAGAAGCUAGGAUCCUUCUAAAUGCAAAUGGUACAGAGCUAUGGACUCAGAGCAAGUAACAUUUCCAAGCAUUGACUAAGGUCCCUACUCAGAACAUUGCUUUUCUUCCCCUCCCAAGCACGUCUACCAGGCUAAUAGACUACACAAAGGCUCCUAGUUACUUGAUCUGGAAGGAUCGAUGACUGACUCAACAGCUCAUCUUGCUCCACUGAGGCUUCUAAUUGUUGCCAGUAAGCAUCAGGAAAAGCAGCCUGCUUACUACCAAUUUCCUUCAAAGAGUGGUUGGCCUGGCUUCUGCGUGGGCAACGCAAAUCCUUUGUAUUUUAAAUGUGUGGAUACUUCAAAUACAUCUUGAGGGAUGUUCCACUUUUCUGACUAUAGUAAGCAUGCCUGUUUGUGUUUUUCUGGCUGUUGAUCAAAUCCUAUGGAUAGUGUUUUGCUUAAUUUCCUGCUGUAAAUGGAUGUGCCGCCACUCAACCGAUUUGAGAAUGUAGACUUUUUCUGAAAUCCAGUUAGCUUUCAAACUAGAGGUAGACUUUAAUUUUUGUUUGUUUGUUUACUGUUCUUGCCUUGAAGCUAUGUGGCUUUAUAAUUAAAUCUUGUAUUGUAGAAUGAUGUUACAUUAUCUCUUGCUGACUAAAAGCUGUAUGCAAUCAGGAAGAAUUAACAGCUGGAGUAUGAAUAUAGUGCGGGGGAUAAAAUCUAAUUCUGGUUGUUGUUGUUCUUUUUUUUAAAAAGCAUAGGUACAUGUACAAAUAGGCUAAGGCGAAGACAGGCUAAUGGUGCAUUGUAUAGUUGCCCCCAAGAGUUAGAAGCUGAGAUCUUUUCCUCUCUCCCUUAUAAUUUUGGGUUUUCCCUUGUUGGUGCCCUUCAUAGAUUUUGGACUACAACUCUCAUCUUCCCUGAACAUUAGCCAUGCUGGGUGGAGUUGAUGGGCCUUGUAACCGAACAUCUCUAGAGGUGAAGGGCAGGGGAAGAAUCCCAGCACCCAGCUCUGAGUGGCCUGGACAGUAAAAAAACAACAACAGUAUGCAACAAAAUAGUUUUUGUACCUUAACAAACAAGAGAAAGGCUAUAAUGUCUGUUGCUAUAUUUCAGGAAAGGAGAUCAUGAUCAUGCAUUUUUAAUAUCAUCAAAUAAAUCCAUUAUUUAAUGUUG